AUGAAAGUAGAAUCAAGCGCAAAGGAAAGCACCGCCUCUAGUGCCACUAAUCAGCACCAAAAUGGACAUGAGGAGGUUCAGGUGGAUAUGGAGGGUGAAAGGAAAGAUGAUGAUGAUGAGGAGAUGGUUGUGUCAGAAGUGCUUGUUACUGGAAGUCCUAGUCAGAAGAGUGCACGAGCACGUCAUGUUGUACAAGACAGAAGUGCAGAUAAUAUCAGUGGCACUUAUCCACAAGUUUUGGACAUAAGUUUUACUCAUUGCGUCAAUAGUAUGUCUACUAUUCAUCAGUGUAAAUGUAUGAUACAAUUUUUACCCAAGAUGAAUAAUUUUAUGAUUAUUUAAAACACAGUUCCGCACUGUCAAUGGAAAUAUCAAAUUCUUCUCUUUUUCAGGCUGAGUGUGCCAACUGUAAAAAGUUAAAAUCCGAAGAAAAUAGUAACAAAACCAGUAUGUUGGUUUGAAAUUCAAAUACGAUAGACUGAAAACGCAGGGAUACAAGAAGGGACCAAAAGGUUAGAUUUCUCUAUGCAUAUUUCUAUGACUAAAAAUCUGUCCAAACUUUUCUCAACCCACAUGCACACAAAUGCAACUUUGACAUACAAAAACAAAUUCGUAAUGUGUAGGCAGAUAUGACUGGAAACCUUUCUCUGUAUUUUGUUCUUCAAAGCUACAAAUGAUAAUCAACAUACUAGUCUUCAGCCAGUAUAUGUGCAAGAUUCUGGUGUUGAACAGCCAGAUUUAUGAAGACAGGAGAAGCAAAAUGCAGUUGAAAAGCACAUGGAUAUAGACAGACCUGAUGAUAUUUACCCCUUUAGCCCUCAAGAGGAAUACUCCACGGAACAGGAGACGCGUUUGUUAACAAAAAUGUUGGUUUUCAAGAAUGCAUACCCCACAAACAAUCGAGGUUGAUUUAAUAACAUUUUUACAAGUACAAUUUACUGGUGUCACUAUUGUUUUUUUGACUCUAAAAAUGGCUGCACUUGUUAAUUACACCUGAAAAGGUUUAUUGAACUGACCUCUGGUGCUGGUGUAAACAUGUAGAUGUAGAAACUAACACUUUUACACCACGUUCCUAGCUUAAAACUCAUUCGUUUCGUCCAUAUUACAGAUGACAUGUGGUGUUCUUGGCUCAGCUGUUGAUGCUGUUUCAGUUUUAUCACAUUUGUACAGCUGAUGAUCCAGAAGUAAAUACUUGCCACGAGGGCACAAUGACUGUUGUGACCACCACCUGUCACAACUUAAAAGUGUUUAAGAAAAGUUUUUACCUGGAGAAGUCAGCCGAACAUGCCAGGAACUCAAAUGCUGCUGGCAAUUUUCUUUUAUGUUUUGGUAUCCUAAACCUGGUGGAUCGGCUAGUAAAGUGCUCCACAUUUUUCAGCACAUGGGAAUGGGAUGUAUAUCUUUGUGUUCCUUCUUCUGAUACCAGAGAGUAA